GAGUUGAAGAACAAAGAAUUUGGAAACAACUCCGAGCAUCGCCGGGCGUCUGAUGUCUGAACUAGUUAUCAGUAAACGGCAAAUUGUUCAUAUAAUCAACGACAAGGACUCUCGGAAGCCUUCACAAAAUAAUUUGCCUUCUUCUUCGUAAACUGCCUUUUCGUACUUAUUUGACCUUGCGGGAAAUCAGCUUUAUGUCCCAGACGCUCCAAUCAUUUAGAAGCCAUCAUAUACGACAAGGAUUGUUGACGAAGUGACGAUCAUCCGCGGCUACUCCCUCCCCGAAGUCACAUUGCAGUAUUACUCGCUGGAGACAUUUACACGGAAACUACGGUUCGUCGAUAAGAGAUCAACACCGACCAACAUACCUUACACCCCAUUUUAAUUCUUCAACUUUUUCCAGACUUUCAAACUUUUCUUUCAGAGACGUCAGGGCACUGAUGGAAUUUCACGCUCCGGACCCAGUGCAACUGCAUGCACGCUUACGGCCGAACGGUCUGGCCUGCAUCGACCUCGCAACCAACCGCCGGUGGACGUAUGCGGAACUCAACGCCGACAUCCAACGCGCAACCGCGGUGCUAUCCGAGCAAGGGGUCCAGAUCGGUGACAGAGUGGCGACCACAUCGGUCAACAAUGUCCAUCAGAUCAUUCUGCAGCAAGCCCUGAUGAGGCUAGGUGCGAUCCAUGUCCCGCUGAACUGGCGCCUCGCCCGGCCCGAACUCGCGAAGCUGUUGGCCGACUGUACCCCAUCCAUUCUCUUCACAGAUCACGACGACCCACCGGAGCUGCCUCUUGGCUGUCGCCACAUUGGAUUUUCGUCAUUCUGUGCCAAUGUGGAUGCUGCAGAGCCUGGGCCCCGGCUGGGUGCGAGGCCUUUGCACGAGACGUGCAUCAUUCUCUACACGUCUGGGACCUCCGGGACGCCCAAGGGUGUUAUGUUGACCGGCCAGAGUGUCUUGGCGACGACCUUCAACUUUAGUAUUCUUUCAGAAGUCGAUACGGCUAGCGUCUUCUUGUGUGAUGGACCCAUGUUCCACUUCAUGGGUCUCAUCGCCCAGAUCUGGCCCUCACUGAUGCGAGGUGGCACCUUCAUCGUCUCUUCUAAAUUUCAACCCGAAACAACCAAUGUCCGCCUGAGCGAUGCCGAACUCGGUGUCACCCAUUACUUUUGCGUGCCGCAGAUGGCCGAGGCUCUUGCAGGCGCACCGAACUUCAACCCAUCGUCGUGGUCAGCCUUGAAGGCGCUCUUCACAGGUGGUGCGCCCAAUCCUCCAGCUAAGAUCAAGUGGUGGCUGAGUCGUGGGGUCCGAAUGGUGGAUGGCUACGGAUCGACUGAAAUGGGGACUUGCUCUGGAAUGCCGCUGUCGGCAGAGCUCAUUAGCAGCAAGGCCGGUUCUGUGGGUCUUCCCGGCCCGUUGACGGCGGUCCGAGUUGUGGACGGAGGUGACCAGGAAGUUCCCGUCGGUGAGCCUGGUGAGAUCUUGGUCUCGGGCCCGAGCGUCACGCCCGGCUAUUGGAAUAGACUAGACGAUAACAUGGCUGCCUUCACUGAAGAUGGCUGGUUUCGGACGGGUGACAUCGGACGGGUCGACGAGGAUGGCUAUGUUUUCCUUAUUGACAGGCGAAAGAAUAUGUUCAUAUCCGGGGGAGAGAAUGUGUAUCCCGCCGAAGUCGAAGCUGCGUUAGCUGAACAUCCCGGUGUGUUGAAUGUUGCAGUUGUGGGCGUUCCCGAUGAGCUUUGGGGCGAAGCCGGGCGUGCCUAUGUCAUUGUAACGCCAAACUCUCAGCUGACUCACGGCGAUUUGGUCAGUCAUUGCCAGUCACUGAUUGCUCGGUUCAAGAUCCCGAGAGAGACUGUCUUUGUUAGUAGCUUUCCUCGGACAGGGUCAGGAAAGGUGCAGAAGCAUCUGUUGACCGAAGACUCUGUAGCAAGGCUUUGAAAUUUGUGUUCCACUUCGUUCAAAGUCUGUGUAAUGAUGGCAUCUUAACAGCAAGUAUACCAAAAAAAAAAAAAA